CGGAAUCCAUAAAAUUGAAACUAUUGCGUAAGGUAAAUCCGCGAGAAUCGCGAAAAUGAAUUCACCGGUGCCACCCUCCCCUUUUUGGAUCAAGGCACGGAUAACCUUUGCAGUCAUUGGAUUGUUAGUUGGUUUGUCCGUUCUAUUUGUUUUUGGAGUCAAUUUUCACAACUGGAACGUGGCCUUGUGGGGACUUUUGUCAGGAAUAGCAGCAGGGUUGGCAUUAUUUAUACACAUAGCAUACAUAAAGCGAUUCUGGGAGAACAAUCCUUACCCCCUGAAGCGAUGGAUGCUGAGUGGUUGUUUUAUACAGCUGGCAGGGGUGUGCGGAUUUGUGACCUACCUUACUCUUGCCAUCGUAAAUAAACAGGGUUUAAUCAUCGAGGGCCCGGGCUACUAUCUGACCUGUGUUUGGUGCUUUAUGACGUGGAAAUGGGGAUUCUAUGUGUUCUACUUCUCACGGUCCUAUAAACGUUUGUAUCAACAAGUUUAUACCAUACUACCAAAGAAUGAUGAUGAUACAGACUACCGAUACUAUACUUAAUGAACAGUCAACAUAUUGAUUUGAUUUUU